CGAGUCGUAUGUUUGAUGAAUGGAGCAGUGCUGCUGUCCAUUGCAAGUGUACUCAUGAUGUGCUGAGAUUUGUGUUUAAUAUCUAUAUCCAUGAGACCCAGUCGGGUAACGGGUCAUUUGGAAAUUAAAACAAUAACGUACUGGUGCUGAGAGAAGCCGCUCAUCAUCAUGUAUGCAGUGUAUCGUCAGGCUCAUCCACCCACUGCUGUGGAGCUUGCUGUUUAUUGCAACUUCAUCUCCAGCCAAGAGAAAAACCUGGUUGUAGCAGGAACAUCUCAGCUGUAUGUCUACAGGAUCAUUUAUGAUGUGGAGAGCACUUCAAAAUCAGAAAAGUCUUCAGAUGGCAAGAGUCGUAAAGAGAAGCUUGAGCAGGUGGCGUCUUUCUCUCUGUUUGGUAAUGUGAUGUCCAUGGCCAGCGUUCAGCUCGUGGGCACCAACAGAGAUGCUUUGCUCCUCAGCUUCCAAGAUGCUAAACUCUCAGUGGUGGAGUAUGAUCCAGGCACACAUGAUCUGAAGACUCUGUCGCUGCAUUAUUUUGAAGACCCAGAGCUGAGAGAUGGGUUUGUUCAGAAUGUGCACAUUCCUAUGGUGCGAGUGGACCCAGAGAACCGCUGUGCUGUGAUGCUGGUAUAUGGCACCCAGCUUGUGGUUCUGCCCUUCAGGAAGGACACGCUGACCGAUGAACAGGAGGGGAUUGUGGGAGAGGGGCAGAAAUCUAGUUUCCUACCCAGUUACAUCAUUGAUGUUCGUGAGUUGGAUGAGAAACUCCUGAACAUCAUUGAUAUGAAGUUCCUUCAUGGUUACUAUGAGCCCACACUGCUUAUUCUGUUUGAGCCCAACCAGACGUGGCCUGGGCGUGUAGCGGUGCGUCAGGACACGUGCAGUAUUGUGGCCAUCUCUCUAAAUAUCAUGCAGAAGGUUCAUCCGGUUAUCUGGUCUCUGAGUAACCUGCCCUUUGACUGCACUCAGGUCAUGGCUGUGCCCAAACCCAUCGGUGGAGUUGUAGUUUUCGCUGUGAAUUCUUUACUUUAUUUGAAUCAGAGUGUUCCACCCUUUGGAGUGUCACUCAACAGUCUGACCAACGGCACCACAGCUUUUCCCUUGAGGUCACAGGACGAGGUGAAGAUCACUCUGGACUGCUCUCAAGCAGCCUUCAUCACCUCUGAUAAGAUGGUCAUCUCACUCAAAGGAGGAGAAAUUUAUGUGUUGACACUCAUCACAGAUGGCAUGAGGAGUGUUCGGGCGUUCCACUUUGAUAAGGCUGCCGCCAGCGUCCUGUCCACCUGUAUGAUGACUUUGGAGGCAGGUUAUCUCUUCUUGGGCUCUCGACUGGGCAACUCACUGCUGCUCAAAUACACUGAGAAACUGCAAGAGACGCCAAUGGAUGAGGGCAAAGAGAAUGAAGAGAAAGAGAAACAGGAAGAGCCUCCGAAUAAAAUGAAGCGUGUGGAUUCCACAGCUAACUGGGCAGGUAAGGUGAAUCUACCUGAUGAACUGGAUGAGAUUGAGGUGUACGGGAGUGAGGCACAGUCAGGCACCCAGCUGGCCACAUAUUCAUUUGAGGUUUGUGACAGCAUAUUAAACAUAGGACCUUGUGCCAGUGCCUCAAUGGGAGAACCAGCCUUCCUGUCUGAAGAGUUUCAGAGUAAUCCUGAACCGGAUCUGGAAGUGGUUGUGUGCUCUGGAUACGGCAAGAACGGAGCUCUGUCUGUACUGCAGAAAAGCAUCAGACCACAGGUUGUCACAACGUUUGAACUUCCCGGCUGUCAUGACAUGUGGACAGUCAUAUAUUGUGAAGAGAAACCUGAAAAGUCUCUAACAGAAGGCGAUAGUGAGAGUCCUGAAGAGGAGAAACGAGAGCCUGCAGUGGAGGAUGACAAGAACAAACACGGCUUCCUAAUCCUCAGCAGAGAGGACUCCACCAUGAUCUUACAGACAGGACAGGAGAUCAUGGAGUUGGACACCAGUGGUUUUGCCACACAGGGCCCUACUGUAUAUGCAGGCAACAUUGGAGAUAAUAAAUACAUCAUUCAGGUGUCUCCCAUGGGCAUUAGACUGCUGGAGGGCGUGACACAGCUCCACUUUAUUCCCGUGGACCUAGGCUCUCCCAUAGUGCACUGUUCUGUGGCUGACCCUUAUGUGGUCAUCAUGACGGCAGAGGGAGUGGUCACUAUGUUUGUGCUGAAGAGUGACUCAUACAUGGGGAAGAACCACCGCCUGGCUCUACAGAAACCACAAAUACACACGCAAUCACGUGCUAUUACAUUAUGUGCAUAUCGUGACAUUAGUGGCAUGUUCACCACUGAGAACAAGGUCAAUUUCCUGGCCAAAGAGGAAACAGCAAUCCGAACCCUAUCAGAGACAGAGACAAUCAUCCACGACAUCAGUCAUGCGGUGGAUGAUGAGGAGGAGAUGCUGUAUGGGGAGUCAAACCCUCUAACUAGCCCCAGUAAAGAAGAGUCCAGCCGCAGUGGGACGGCAGCAAGCUCAGCUCAGACAGUAAGAGAGAGCGGUCAGAACCGACAGGAGCCGUCACACUGGUGCCUGCUGGUCAGAGAGAAUGGAGUCAUGGAGAUCUACCAGCUUCCUGACUGGCGCCUUGUUUUCCUGGUGAAGAAUUUUCCUGUCGGUCAGCGUGUUUUGGUCGACAGCUCUGCUAGCCAAUCAGCUACUCAAGGGGAGCUCAAAAAGGAGGAAGUGACAAGGCAAGGAGAAAUCCCAUUGGUCAAAGAGGUUGCUCUCGUGUCAUUAGGCUACAAACACAGCCGCCCUUAUCUGCUGGUGCAUGUUGAUCAAGAGCUGCUCAUCUACGAGGCCUUUCCAUAUGACCAGCAGCAAGCUCAGAGCAACCUGAAAGUGCGCUUUAAGAAGAUGCCUCAUAACAUUAACUUUAGAGAGAAGUCCAAACUUAGGAAGGACAAGAAGCGUGAAGGUCAGGGGGAUGAGUCACUUGGGGUCAGGGGUCGUGUCGCCAGAUUCAGAUACUUUCAGGAUAUCUCAGGAUAUUCAGGGGUGUUCAUUUGUGGACCGUCUCCUCACUGGAUGCUGGUGACCGCUCGUGGGGCGAUGCGACUCCACCCCAUGACAAUAGAUGGUGCUAUUGAGUCCUUCUCGCCCUUUCACAAUGUCAACUGCCCCAAAGGAUUCCUCUACUUCAACAAACGGGGUGAACUGAGGAUCAGUGUGUUACCCACCUAUCUCUCUUACGAUGCACCCUGGCCCGUACGCAAGAUUCCACUCAGGUGUACCAUCCACUAUGUGUCGUACCACGUUGAAUCUAAGGUGUAUGCAGUAUGCAGCAGUGUGAAAGAACAGUGCACACGGAUCCCCAGGAUGACUGGAGAAGAGAAGGAAUUUGAGACCAUUGAAAGAGAUGAGCGGUACAUCCACCCUCAGCAGGACAAGUUCUCUAUUCAGCUCAUUUCUCCAGUCAGCUGGGAGGCCAUCCCAAACACACGCAUUGACCUGGAGGAGUGGGAGCAUGUGACGUGUAUGAAGACCGUGGCUCUGAAGAGUCAGGAGACAGUAUCAGGACUGAAGGGAUAUGUGGCUCUGGGCACCUGCCUCAUGCAGGGAGAGGAGGUCACCUGUAGGGGCAGGAUCUUGAUUCUGGAUGUGAUUGAGGUGGUGCCAGAGCCCGGUCAGCCCCUCACUAAGAAUAAGUUUAAAGUGCUGUAUGAGAAGGAGCAGAAGGGGCCUGUUACAGCUCUCUGUCACUGCAGUGGAUACCUAGUGUCUGCUAUUGGACAGAAGAUCUUUUUAUGGAGUCUGAGGGAUAAUGAUCUGACAGGUAUGGCCUUCAUCGACACUCAGCUCUACAUUCAUCAGAUGCAUAGCAUCAAGAACUUCAUCCUCGCUGCUGAUGUCAUGAAGAGCAUCUCUCUGCUGCGCUACCAGGAAGAGAGCAAGACGCUGUCUCUUGUCAGCAGGGAUGCAAAGCCCCUGGAGGUCUACAGUGUAGAGUUCAUGGUGGACAAUAACCAGCUUGGCUUUCUGGUUUCAGACAGAGACAAAAACCUGAUGGUCUACAUGUAUCUGCCUGAAGCUAAAGAGAGUUUCGGGGGCAUGCGCUUACUGCGAAGAGCAGAUUUUAACGUGGGCGCUCACGUGAACGCCUUCUGGAGGAUGCCAUGCCGCGGCACUCUAGAAACAGCCAGCAAGAAAUCACUCACCUGGGACAACAAACACAUCACCUGGUUCGCUACGCUGGACGGUGGUGUCGGCCUGUUUCUGCCCAUGCAGGAGAAGACCUACCGCAGACUUCUGAUGUUACAGAAUGCCCUCACCACCAUGCUGCCACACCACGCUGGGCUCAACCCAAAGGCCUUCAGAAUGCUGCAUUGUGAUCGGCGGAUGUUACAGAAUGCUGUCAAGAACAUUCUAGAUGGAGAGCUGCUGAAUAAGUAUCUGUACCUCAGCACCAUGGAGCGAAGCGAACUAGCCAAGAAGAUUGGUACAACACCAGACAUUAUCUUGGAGGAUCUUCUGGAGAUCGAGAGAGUAACUGCUCACUUCUGAAGAGCUUCUAUAAAUGUGUUUCUUCAUCUGGAGAUUUCUCAGUUGGCCUACUGUGCAAGCUGUUUUAUAAGUCUUUUUUUUUUUUUUUAUAGAAAAGCAAAGAAUUGCUGUACUGAACUUUUUGUGUUAAGAGGAAGAAAUACAGUAAACAAUACAUGUUUCUUAGAGUAUUUUGUAUGGAAAAAGAUUGUGUGAUGAAAUGACAUUCAGAACAAACAUGCUGAUAUUCUAAAGCACUUUUUGAUUUAAGCGUCGUCAUUACUUACUGUAGAGGGGACAUUCUACAGUGUGGUUUAUUGUACUGAAAUAGUGGCCCUGGAAUACCGAAUAUCAGAGCGUGAUUUAGUUGAGUGCCACUGGUAAUCACAGCCGUGCUGAUAUUCAGUACAAUAGCACGACUAAGUGUGGUAUUGCUGUUUCACAGCAAUUUAAUAUUGACUGACACUUGUACGUUUUUGCUCCACCAAGGAAAAUAGUUUGGUUACAGUGUUACUAACCAUAGAAUUGGAAUUCUGUGUAGUGGAAACAGAUGAGCCAGUGGACAGGAAAUAACUGUUGUAUGAAAGAAAAAAAAAACAGCUUGUCUCUUUAUACAACAGCAUAUUCUAAAACAACAACUGUAAAUUGCGUGACAUUUUUGGCAGUAGAUGGUGUCCAUGAUGACAAGUGAAGUGCGAGAGAACUUUGGUUCUCCUUGGUCAUUGUUUUAGUAUAUUAAAACUAGGGCUGUCGAUUUAAUGCGUUAAUUUAGUGUGAUUAUAUAGAUAUAAAAAUAACGCAUUAAAGAAAAUAAAAACGA